CUGUAUACGACGAUUUACAGUGUACGUGUUGAUUUGACAGUUGUCGGAAGGAAUUUGUUUGGGUUGUGGAAGACGUGGUUUUGCUGCACAUUGGUGUGAUAAAUUAUUUUAUUCUCUAUACAGAAUGGACGAUGCAAUGAGGUUGAAAGUCGAGCAGUGCAGCCGCACGGCGGAGGAUUUCACGAAACUUUACUACAGUAGCGUCGACAAAAGACGUCACCAACUGGGCAAACUGUACCUAGACAACGGACUGCUAGUGUGGAAUGGCUGCGGUGUCACCAACAGAGACGCGAUUCAAAAGUACAUCUUGGAUUUGCCCGCUUCGGAGCACAACCUACAAGUCCUGGAUGCUCAGCCCGUGGUCGACGACGCCGUUUCUGGGCAGCUUACUUUCCUCAUCUCAGCGGCGGGAACUGUGAAGUUUCAGGACAACCCGAUGCGACCCUUCCAGCAGAAUUUCAUUAUAACAGCGCAAGGUGACAAGUGGAAAAUAGCGUCGGAUUGCUAUCGUCUGCAAGACUCUCUCAGCACAGUAAAAUCAGAUUAGGGAAUAAAGUUUAAGUUGUUUCGACA